AUGAUCAUCAGGUUACCUUCAAAACGAUGCAGCUUUCUUAUUGGACUAGUGCUAUUGAUGACCACCGCAGUGUUGUUCAUAUUUUAUUCGCUGAACAUAGUCAAAAAUGAAAUCCAGGAUCCUGAAUUUCCUGAACCACCGUCAAGUUUGCCGAUGGGAGUGUACAGCAAGGUCGGCGUCGUGUCUAAUGGUGGACCCUGCUCUCAAAUUGGAGUUGAUGUGAUGGCUAGGGGCGGAAAUGCCAUAGACGCAGCUAUAGCUACAUUAUUAUGCGACGGUGCCGUUUGUCCACAACAAAUGGGUAUUGGUGGAGGGUUUAUAAUGAGUAUUUACAAUGCAACGACCAAAAAAGUAACGUCAAUUAAUGCACGUGAAACAGCUCCAGCCGCUGCAAAUACUUACAUGUUUGUAAAUGAUCCCAUAAAAUCCAUGCACGGAGGACUGGCGGUUGCGAUUCCAGGAGCCCUUAAAGGCUACUCAACGAUAUAUAACUUAUACGGUGGCGGCGUACGAUGGGAAACGUUGUUUGAUCCAACCAUAAAACUAUGUGAAGAGGGUAUAACGGUCAGUGGUCAUCUAGAUACCAGCUUGAAGUUUGACGAAGAAUUGAUACAUAAUGACACAAUGCUCAGAAACAUUUUUAUCGAUGAAAACAGUGGAUACUUGAAAACAGCUGGGGAUACAUACAAGUUACCGAAGCUAGCAGAAACCCUGAAAAUCAUAGCGAUAGAAGGUGUAAAAGCCAUAUAUAACGGAUCGUUAACAUCUAAAUUAAUACACGAUUUAAGGAAAGUCAAUGGUAUUAUCACAAAUAAAGACUUGGCGGAUUAUAAGGUUGAAAUCGAAGAAUCUUUUUCAGUAAAUUUAACAAGUGGACAUACAAUACACAUGGGGCCACCACCUGGUUCUGGUAUAAUAUUAGCUUAUAUUCUCCGUAUUUUGGACGGCAUUCUGCCGGCGCCUGAUGUUGGUUUAGCCGAACAUCGGUUAGUAGAAGCUUUUAAAUUUGGGUAUGGUGAACGAUCCCAUUUAGGAGACCAUCAAUUCGUGAACGUAUCUCAAAUUUACAAUAAAGUAAACUCGGAUAGUUACAUUAAGAGUAUCAGAGAUAAGAUUCUUGAUAAUUUUACAUCUUUAGAUCCGAGAUAUUAUGGGGGUGAUUUUUAUACACCAGAAGACCAUGGGACGGCUAACAUAGUCGUAACCGAUUCGAUGGGAAACACUGUUGUAUGUACCAGUACAGUAAAUACAUUUUUUGGAAGUGGUUUCAUGUCACCUAGCACUGGCAUUAUUCUGAACAAUCAAAUGAACGAUUUUUCCACUCCUGGAGUUACCAAUUUUUACGGAAUCCCAUCGUCACCAGCCAAUUACAUAAAACCAGGCAAACGACCAAUGUCUUCAAUGUGUCCAACUAUAUUUACCGACACAAAUGGAGACUUUGUUCUUGGAGCGGGAGCAGCUGGAGGAUCUAAAAUCACUCUUACUACAGCAUACAUGGCUGCCCAUAAAUUAUGGUAUAAUAAUACGCUGAAAGAGGUAUUGGACAAACCUAGAAUAUACCACCAACUUGUACCUAUGGAAAUUAGAUAUGAAUACCGAACAACUAAGAACGUUGUACAAAAACUUAAAGACAUCGGUCAUCCAGUGACCAGGAUGAAUUAUACACAAGGUUCAGCAGCAUCGGCUAUUAGCAGAUCCCCUACAGGAAUGAUCGAAGCCAUGUCAGAUUUCCGGCGGCCAGGAAAUACGUCAGGAUAUUAA